GUGUGUGGGGGUAACAGACAUGCUUUUGGCCGAUUACACGUUCCUUAAUUUCAUGCGCAUUUGAUCGUUCUCUAACCACCGCUGUCUCACUCAUAGAAAACCCUCCUCUUACUGGCCUUCUCAUUCUUUUCUCUCCGCCAUGGACAUCUCAUUGCCAUUCACAGUCCUCUUGAUUAUCUCAAUCCUCUGCAACCUUAAAGGACUCGAACAUUCUUCACUGGUAGAGGGAGAGGGAAUGGAUUUCAGCGAGCUGAGAAAAGCAGUGGAGGAGGUUGAACUGGUGGAUGGUCACUCCCAUAACAUAGUUGCCCUAAACUCCACCUCCAUCUCCGGUUUUGUUCAGGCCUUUACUGUGGGAGCCUUUGUUGAUGCUGAUGCCAUUGCUUUUGCACAAACCUCUCUAUCCUUCAAGAGAAGUUUGAGAGAUGUUGCUGAGCUAUACGGAACCGAGGUAUCUUUGCAAGGUGUAGAGGAAUACCGUAAAGCGUCUGGAAUAGAAUCCAUCAGCUCAACAUGCCUCAAAGCUGCAAAAUUCUCUGCCAUACUCAUUGAUGAUGGCAUAGAAAUGGACAAAAAGCAUGACAUGCAAUGGCACAAAAAUUUUACACCUUUUGUUGGCAGAAUCUUAAGAACUGAACGUGUGGCCGAGCAAAUCCUUGAACAAGGUUUGCCUAAUGGAUCUUCAUGGACAAUCGAUUCAUUUACUGAAGCAUAUGUCUCAAAGGUUAAAUCAGUUGCUAAAGAGAUCCAUGCUUUGAAAAGCAUAGCUGCAUACUACGGUGGCUUAGAAAUCAAUUUAAAUGUGACUAAAACGGAUGCUGAGGAGAGUCUGAAAGAGGUGUUAACAAAUACUGCGAAACCUAUUUUUCUACUAAAAUACAAAAAUUACAAAAAUCUUGUUGACUACCUCUUCUUGCAAAGUUUGGAAAUUGCUCUAUCUUAUGACUUGCCAAUGCAGAUACACACAGGCUUUGGGGAUAGACUUUUGGAUUUGAGGAAGACCAAUCCUCUUCAUCUCCGUUCAGUUCUUGAGGACAAGAGAUAUUCAAAGUGUCGGUUUGUUUUGUUACAUGCAUCUCAUCCAUACUCAAAGGAAGCAUCAUAUCUAGCUUCUGUUUACUCCCAGGUUUACCUUGAUUUUGGGUUGGCAAUUCCAAAGCUUAGUGUACAUGGGAUGACUUCUGCAGUCAAAGAUCUGCUAAAUCUGGCUCCAUUAGAUAAGGUGAUGUUCAGCACUGAUGCCUAUACAUUUCCUGAAACCUUCUACCUAGGUGCAAAGAAUUCUCGCGAAGUUGUUUUCUCUGUUCUGCAUGAUGCAUGCAUUGAUGGUGAGCUCUCAAUUCCUGAGGCUGUGGAAGCUGCAAAAGACAUCCUUGCAAGAAAUGCGAUCCGCUUCUAUAAGAUUAGUUCACCCAACAAUGCUGGCCCUCCUUAGUUUUUUUUAUUAUUAUUAAAGUGUCCCUGGAAGAACACGAACCCACAACCUUUCUCUUUUCUCUUCACUCUUUCUCAACAACGGGAUCAUCCUUAUAUCUCCGAGGAUAAUUCAAUAAAGUAAUCAUGUUGCAUAAUCGAAAUGUUGAAUACUUCUAGCUGCAUUUAUAAUGUCAUAACAAUUAAACAAUUCGUGAUAUUAUUAUGUCCACAAUGAUAUAUACUCGUUUAUAAAACAUCAA